UGAACGGUAACCACUGUGGCAACCUUGUGAACCAAGUCUCUCCACAGCGCUGGGCUUCAGGAUGUUCUUUUUUUCGCUGAUAACAGAAAUGUUCUGAAUUUGGGCUACCUGGCCUCCUCAGAGAAGGUCGGCAUUUGCAUAUUAAUUCAUUUCAAGAUGAGACGUUAAUACAACAACCCGUGGUGGAUUGUUAGGCAGCAUCCGAUUAUUGAAUAAGCAUUUGUUGGCUGCAGCUGUAUGCGACGGGAGACAACGUGCCAGAGGUGACUGCAUCUCAUCGCAGCAUUUAUUGAUAGAUCAAGGGGGACUGAUGACAAUAACAAUUUCAGAUAGUAUUUCAUUGUGGUCGUCUACAAUACAUACAGGUUAUCUACCUCGAGAAAUGCGUGCUUGCAGAACGCAAUAGCAGAAGAUGGAACAACAAUGACUUUUUUCAUAUAGAUCUCAGAAAGAUAUAGCCUAUAGCCCAUGUGUAUGCUUAGCAUAAAGCAGGUCCCUCUUAUUGGACUUCUCAUUCACUAGUGCGUAAAAUGGGCAACAGUUUUUCUAACAUAGCUGCUUUUCAGUCCCUGCAUAUUGUAAUGCUGGGUUUAGAUUCUGCCGGUAAAACGACUGUCCUGUACCGCCUGAAAUUCAACGAAUUUGUGAACACUGUUCCCACAAUCGGAUUUAACACCGAGAGGAUAAAACUGAGUAACGGUACCGCCAAAGGGAUUAGUUGUCAUUUUUGGGACGUCGGGGGACAGGAGAAGCUAAGACCGUUAUGGAAAUCGUACAGUAGGUGCACAGAUGGCAUUAUUUACGUAGUGGACUCAGUGGACGUGGACAGACUCGAGGAAGCCAAAACAGAACUGCACAAAGUUACCAAAUUCGCAGAAAACCAAGGGACUCCACUACUGGUGAUAGCCAAUAAGCAGGACUUGCCCAAGUCUCUACCCGUCCAUGAGAUUGAGAAGCAACUGGCGCUGCAUGAGCUGAGCCCUUCUACCACUUACCAUGUCCAGCCUGCAUGUGCCAUCAUAGGUGAAGGGCUCCAUGAAGGCAUGGAGAAACUGUAUGAAAUGAUUGUGAAACGAAGGAAAUCAUUGAAACAAAAGAAAAAGAGAUAAAGACUCAUUACUGAGAAGUUGACCGCUAUCUUCUGAGCUGCCUGCUACUGUACCAUGACUUUUACUAUAGUAGGCACGUCAGGUGAUUCUUGUUAUGCAGACUGUUACACUCGCAGUGGUUUAUUACGAUACACUGUAUAGCUUUGGGCUUAUUGGUGAAGUUAGUCACUUUUAGCCGUGCUGUUACAUUCAAUCACACAGAGGGAGGAAAAUAAAAACUUGCCUCUUGCUAUCAGAAAUGUACUUGACAGGCUGGUACCUGUUUGUUGCUGCGUCACAGUAUUUUCUUGUCAAUACUUUUCUUCUCCUGAAGAGUGAAUGGCCUACACAGCACUUUUUGACAGACUGGAGUAGCCCACAUUAUUCCCUGAUUGGAAUGAACGUCAUUAAUCAAUAUCAAUGUGCUUAUAAUUUUAUUUUUCCACUUUGCACGCUCUGUUUAUGUUACUAACACAUUUUGAGAUAGACCGUCCAUUUCGUUCUAAUAUUUCCUCUACUCCUUUGAUAACUGGGCAAACAAUGCUGUUUUAUAGUAGAAUACAAUAUCCUAUAUUGGGUGUAAGGUGUCUUUCAAAUAAAGCAGGCUAUUCAUAUUUUGAA